AGAUGUCCAACACGUCCCUGCCAGUUGCCGAAUACAUCGACCGAUACCCGUAUGAUCCCGAGUGCCACUGGGAUGCAGAGGAUCUUAUCAUGUCACAUCUUUCGUUACCCGUCCUUCAAAUUCAUUGGUGCGCUUCUAACAAGGAGGAGACAGAAGAGGACGUACGGCCGACAAACCACUGGAUGAUUUUCCUUCAGACAGGACCUAACUCGUCCGUUCGACUCAACAUACGCUCGGGAGAGUCGUCGCAAUAUCCCGGCCUCUUGGAAGUCUGUUCGACGAGAUAUGCGUUCACCCAAAACUGCUGCUUCAGGGUCUCGGCCGCGACGGUUCCCGGCCUCACCGUGGAACAUGUCUUCAGCCUUAUCAUUAGGAAUGGACGUGAUCGUUACAAAUUCACGGACAAUCACGAAGGGUGCAGACAUUGGGUCAAUGUAAUUGCUAGCGAUCUAAGCGGCGCUAGCUGGGUGGAAUCAGAGGUGGCCCAGAGAGUCUCACAGGCUGUCGUCUUUUACUUCCCGCCUGCCCACCGUGUUCAUGGCGCCCAAGCGCCGGUAUAUAGGCCUUUAGAAGUGGGCACUUUUUUCUGGUAUGCCCUUUGUUCCUGUUUUGACUUUGGAAAGGAGAUCCUGAUCCUUGGUGCAGAUCCGAACCGAAUGAAACCUUAA